CAAAUGCUCCUCUUCGAUCACAUUUCUGAAUAGUUUGGAUUUUAUGAUAAAUCCUUUGUACAGAAGAAUGAGCAAAGAUGCUCUAGUGAUGAUUUUUAUUUUCUUUGGAAAACUGUUGCCCAAUAGUGUGUCCCUGAUCUCUGCAGGAUGGGGAUUAGAUGGAAUGUGACCCUUCAAAUUUAUUGUGCCGUACUUUACUUGUAAAGAGGCUUGAAAAUGAUAUAGUGCAUAAACACAAGUUAUGUUUCCGUAAGUCUACGCAAAUAAAACUUGGUUUGCGCAGUUUGUUCAAGAGUUUUCAUUUUGCACAGACCUGUGCCAGUGUCAGGAGGGACAUGAUGGAUCCACCCUGAGCCCUGGAUUCCUGCCUGGAGAGCUGUGCCAACACGCAUGACAUUCCUUUGGGACGUAGCAUGGACACAGAUGUUAAAUUGUUUACCUUGCUGUGGUAGAGCCCCUCAAAGGGGUGCCUGAAACCCAUGUCAGAACUGCAGCCAGUGGUGUGCGUUGCCUGUCUAACAAGCACCUUUUCUUGUAUUUGAUAUCAUAUUUUGUGCAGUCCUUCAGAUGAUGGUCUGUGCUCUCUUGUUAAUGCAAGUCAUGAAGCCGCCAAAUAACCUUGCUUGUUCUUCCACAGCCAGUUCCAGGUGCUGCAGUGGACAAAGUCCCAGUAGUUCUCCUAACUGCAGUACUGUAGCUGAAAAAUAAAAAAGUCUCCAUGUGUUGCAAGGUAGUUCCCUGGUAACGUUUAAAUCCUGUCUUGCAGAAAUAAAGAAUUAAGCAGACGGAGAUUACAAUUGUCACCUGGUUUUAUUGAAGAGGUGUAGUUCAACCUAUGCAAAACCUGUUGUUAUGGUAAUACAAAAAAAAACCCCUACAGUAAAAUGGUGUCUUAUGAAGUAGUGCGUGUGUAUGUCAUGAGCCCAGGCAUACAGAUGAGCACAUGUCAGCUGCUGUGACUGAGUUAAAAAGCUUGGCAGUAAAAUCUCUAUGGAAGGCAGAGUGUUAAAGGAUAAUUUUCCUCUGCACUUGUAUGUUAAGGAAUAAAAUCCUACAGUGUGUCUGCCUUUACCUGAAACCUUGAGAGUUGCUGUAGUCAGCUCCAAGGGCAACACUGUUCAGUGUCUGGGUGUGUCACGCUUUGGUUCUUGGAGUCCUGAACCAAUUUGUAGGAUUUUUGUAACUGUGAUCUAGAACAGGUCCAGCCAGCAAAUCCCUGGGAAAGACUGUAGGAGUGUUUGCUAAGGCUACUGGAGAGAGAGACACUGUGGGGAUGGCAAUCAAAUGUCUAGAAACACUCCAGGCUCUCAUGAAUCCCGAGGGAGUGUUAGGACCACGACAGUCAGGAUUUAAUCACAGUCACUGGUAAAUAGCUGAUCUAUUUUUUCCAACAAAAUUUGAUUGGGAAGUGGGGGAUAAUGGAAAAAGGUUGAAAUUUAAGCGAGGAGGGGAAUACAGGGAACCCAGUGAUACUUGAGUGUCCUUAGAUAAGUGAGAAGGGAAUGUAAAGAACUCAGAUUUUUCUCUGCAUGACUGAGGUGAGAACAAAUCGAUCCACUUUCAUGAAUGAAUGAAGAUGUAUUGAUUAACUUCUGAGUUGUCUUGGAUUGGGUGAUCUGUUCAGACUAGUUUGUAGUUUCUAACCUGUAGAUCUUUUUGCAGAACUAGAGUUCCUCAGUCUGCCUUAUGACAGAGGGAUGUCUCUGGGAAUUGUCUUCAGCCACUGGCAGGGGUGCACAGAUGGUGCUUUGAGAGGUUUCCUCCCCCCUCCACGUUUGUUGGGAAGGCAGAAUGCUGGGAAGAAAAUCAGGCAGGGGUUUUCACUGGUGUAAAUGUGGAUACAGGGGAUUUCUGGCCCAUCACUGGGUGCUGUGUCACCCUGUAACCUUCACCCUUCGGAUAUAAGAGUCUUCUGAAUUCCUUGGUGGCUUGUGUUGAAAAAUUUUACGAGCAAUCAGCUGGAUUUACAGAAUACUCAUUUAAAUAAGUUGCACAGUUAAUAGAAAUAAAAUCAACCAACUUCAGACAGAAAUUUGUAGCGACACAUUUGCUUAAAAAGUCCUGUUUCCUUACUAGGUUUAUGCUGGAGUAAGUUGUGUGUGUUGGGAAGACACCGACUGCUACACCUCAUUGCUUGUUUGAAUUCUGGUUGCUUUUGCAUGCCAUAUUGCAGUUCAUUUUCAUUUCUGUGUUUUCCUCGUUUGAGCUCAUUUCUCAUUCGUGUUUUUGUCUCAUUUGUUUCCAUCAGCAAAUGCCCAGCACCCCAGGGUUUGUGGGAUACAAUCCAUACAGCCAUCUGGCCUACAACAACUACAGGCUGGGAGGGAACCCGGGCACCAACAGCCGGGUCACGGCUUCCUCUGGUAUUACCAUUCCCAAGCCCCCCAAACCCCCAGACAAGCCCCUGAUGCCCUACAUGAGGUACAGCCGGAAGGUCUGGGACCAAGUGAAGGCGUCCAAUCCCGAUUUGAAGUUAUGGGAAAUUGGCAAGAUUAUUGGAGGAAUGUGGCGAGAUCUCACUGAUGAAGAGAAGCAAGAGUAUUUGAAUGAAUAUGAAGCUGAAAAGAUCGAGUACAACGAGUCCAUGAAGGCCUACCACAACUCCCCUGCCUACCUGGCCUACAUCAACGCCAAGAGCCGCGCCGAGGCCGCGCUGGAGGAGGAGAGCCGGCAGAGACAGUCGCGCAUGGAGAAGGGGGAGCCCUACAUGAGCAUCCAGCCCGCCGAGGACCCCGACGAUUACGACGAUGGGUUCUCCAUGAAGCACACGGCCACGGCGCGGUUCCAGCGCAACCACCGGCUCAUCAGCGAGAUCCUCAGCGAGAGCGUGGUGCCCGACGUCCGCUCCGUGGUCACCACGGCCAGGAUGCAAGUCCUGAAGCGCCAGGUUCAGUCCCUAAUGGUCCAUCAGCGUAAACUCGAAGCUGAGCUGCUGCAAAUCGAGGAGCGUCACCAGGAAAAGAAGAGGAAGUUUUUGGAAAGCACAGAGUCCUUCAACAACGAGCUCAAAAGGUUAUGCAGCUUGAAGGUGGAAGUGGAUAUGGAAAAAAUCGCAGCUGAGAUUGCCCAGGCUGAGGAACAGGCCCGCAAGAGGCAGGAGGAGAGGGAGAAGGAGGCAGCGGAGCAAGCCGAGCGCAGUCAGAACAACCUGGCAGCUGAGGAGGAGCAGGCAGCCAGCAAGGGGGAGGAGAAGAAGGAAGAGGAGAGCACUCCCAUGGAGACAGAGGAGCCCCACGCGGAGGAGAGCGCAGAGAACCAGCAGAACGGCGAGGAGGGCACCUCCACCCCCGAGGACAAGGAGAGCGGGCAGGAAGGGGCGGACAGCACGGCCGAGGAGGGGACCAGCGACAGCAACACGGGCUCGGAGAGCAACGGCGCGACCGCGGAGGAGCCGCCCGCGGACCCCACGGGGGGCGAGGAGGCCGACAAGAAGGAGUAACCACUGUGUCUGUAAUGAAGUACUGUGUGAUCUCAGAACGGCUGUUGUACCUCCCCUGCCUCUGUCACUUGUCUCCAAAGGAUCCCCCCGGGGGGUUGAUGUCGCGUCAGGUUACUGGUGUAGCGAUGUGAGGGGCCCUGUAGAGGCACAGGGACGGUCCUGCAGCAGGCAGGAAAGGAACCUCCUGUGUCUUAAGCACAGCUGUUGCGGUGUGGAGAGGGGCUUGUAUCACUUGGAAUUCUUCCCUAGAAAGACAGAUUUGGGUUUAGUUUUGAGUGAGAAAUCGGGCCUUCUCUCUUCCUUCUCAUUCUGUGACCACUGUGACUGGUGGUUUUUUCCAAAGGCCCUUCCUGUCCCUGUGUGGCAGCAGUGAGCUGCAGGUGUGCCUCACCCAGGCUGCAGCCCUUUCUGGAGGGGCUGGAACAUGACUGAGGCGUUUAAAGCUGAUGUUAUUAUGGAGCAAAGGCCUGAUGUCACCUGGAGCCUCUUCCUGUCCCACCGCUGCUGUGCCAGCCAGGGAAAAGUUCUGCUGCAACUGCCCCAGUCUUGCUUUUAAAGAAGGCUUUCAGUCCUCAGGAGCAGCUCUGGAAUGAGGCUGAAAGAUGAAGUUAAGGGGUUUUUCAGUGUAACUUGGUUGUUUUUCUAGAGGAGCUGCUCCACAGUGGUGGAAACCUGCUUGUGGUCUGCGUGCAGAGUGUCAGGAGAUCCAGUUCCAAAGGACUCAGUGUAGUCUUGCAGUAAAUGACACAGCUUCGGGGUUUUUCUUUCUGUGGUGCAGGAUUCCUCUUAGCAAGCCUUUGCUUUUCUUUACCAAUUAACUCCUUUUUUGCUACAGGGAGACCCUGGUGUGGCCUCAGCCAGAGCCCUGGCACAGUACAGAGCAGGAGAGCGUUUAAACACGCACGUGUUCUCUGAGCAGGCAGUCACUGAUACGGCACAAAUGGUAAAAAACAGUAGUUUUGCUUGUCAUGAGCUUUCAGAACCUCUGGGAACUACAAGAAAAGGCCUCAAUUUGCCCUAUGUAAGCAAAAGCCCUAAAAAAACAAAAAUACACUUAAAUGCAACAGCCACGAGCAAAUUCUUGACUUUACAACUGAGAGAGCACGUGAUGCUUCAGUGAAUCAAUGUGUUUUUACAGAGAAGUGGAUCUGUGAGAUGGUGUUUUUUAAACCCUUUUGGUCUUUUUUUUAAAUGAUCUGAAAAGAAUAAAAUUCAACACGUUUGGUUUUUUUUUUUAAAACUCA